UUCACAGCAGAAUCAAGGUCACAAGAUGGCUUCCAGUAAAAUAAAACGUAGUGAGCACCCACUAUGGCGUCAAAUUGAAGGCCAGAACACUAGCUUAGACACACCUGAAUGGUUGGGCGAGAUUGAGCCCUCUACCACAAAGUAAUGACUAGAGAUAGAUGGGAAGAAAUCAAAGCCAACCUCCACUUCAAUGAUAACAGUGACAUGCUGCCAAGUACUUCCCCAAAGUAUGAUAAACUUUUCAAAGUGAGACCUCUGCUGGAUCAUCUUGUUACCAAGUUUCGUGAUAUUCCCAUGCCACAAAGAGUAUGUGUAGAUGAACAGAUGGUUCCAUUCAAGGGUGCAUCUUCUUUGAAGCAGUAUUUGCUCAGUAAACCACAUAAGUAUUGUUACAAAGCAGGUCCAAGAAGUAUUAUCACAAGAUAUUUUUUCAUUUUCUGGAUGUCACUGUUGUGAACUGUUGGUUACUAUACCGCAGAGAUUCUAGCGACCUAGACAUUCCUGAACGAAAAGUAAUGAUGCUUCAGGAAUUCAAAUUGUCACUGGCAGAAUCCCUGCUUCUUGAAGGGAAAAAUCCCAUGGCUAAGAAAAGAGGUCGUCCCUCCUCUAAUGGAGGAACUGCUGCACAGUUUGCAAAGAAAAAGAAAAGCUCCCCUGCCACUAAGCCCAUUCCUGCAGAAGGAGUCAGGACAGAUGGCUAUCACCAUUAUCCAGUGGUGACAACAAGAGGAAGGUGCAAGAAUCCAGACUGUAAAAGUGCCCCUGUGUUCUACUGUCAGAAGUGUAAAGUACACUUGUGUAUCACCAAAGAUAAAAAUUGCUUUGUUGAAUUCCACACAAAGUAAAUGAACAAGCAAAAAUGACAUUUAGUUCAUGGAUAUAUUUUACUAAAUGAAUAAAAACAUUCAAUAUUGUUUUCACAUGUGCUAAGGUUUUUUGUUUUUUUUUGUAUAAGCAAUUUCUUUUAUGGCAGCCAAGACAUAUUAUGCAUGGUUUAUAUACACCGUUGUCAGUUUUUGUUCGUAAAACCAAUUUACUUUUGUGUUUGAAAGCUAUGUAUGGAUUAUAUAUUCAGUUAUGUAUGUUAUUAUGCAGUACCAUAGGUGAAACUGAAUCAAUGGCGUACCAAUACACAACUUGAUAAUCGAAAAAAUAUAAAUUGGUCUUACACAAAGUCCUUCACUGCAUAUUUAUCACUUUGGAUAAAUUAUUUUGCACAUGAGUUCUCUUUGUGUAUAGCUCUGUACAAGAUUGACUGAGAGCAGGAAAUUCA